CACCAAGAUCACAUCUCAAAAUACAUCAGGACUGGUAGAACCAUGCUCAUCGCUGAUGUCCAGUUUCCUCUUAAAAUGGAAGUGGUCCUGAACGCUGCACUCACUGUGUUUACUGGCUUUUUUAGGGAAUCCAAGCAUUCAGCGGUGGUUGCGCCGAUUUUUAACCUGGACGAAGGAACUCUCUUAAAAAUCUUUAGUUUCUUGUCCACUGAGGACUUGCUCCGUGCUUGUCGAGUGUGUAGCUUAUGGCAGAAACUGUCCUAUGACUUACUGUUAUGGAAGACAACUGAUUUAAGGAGAUUUUCCACAUCUCUGGUCGACUCGGAAAAGUUUCAAGCACUGGCUGUCAACCGACUUGCUAAUAAAACACGAUGUCUGGAUUUAAGUGGGUUUUUACUGACAGAGGAUUCUCUACGAGUUCUCGCAACCUAUUGUAAAAAAUUGCGUCAGUUGAAAUUGAAGAGCGUGACCUUUGCUGUAGAUCACAAAAAAAUUCACAGCCAAGAGGAUGUGCUUUUCCCUCGUGACCUCGAAUGUCUUGACAUCCGAUUCUCGCAUGGCAACCCGCGCGUGUACCGCGCGAUUGGAAAAGUUCUCAGUAAAGUCAAAUGGCUAGGUCUUUCCGACGCCUUUUUUCAAAAUCUUCUAGCACAGGGAAAAAUGGAGGAAGCUAUCGACAGCAUGAAACAUUUGCGUAAACUUGACGUUAGUCACUGCUUGUUGCUCAAAGACAGCACCUUGGCUUUGUUUGCUCGCUGCAAGAAAUUGGAAGUACUCAGUGUUCGAAAAUGUUGCUUCCUCAGUGGGACUUUCGUUGACGAUAUUUUGGAUUCCUGUACGAAUCUCACGACGCUCAUCUUAGACGGGAUCAGCUUAGAGGACGAAACGCUUGCCGAAAUCUCUUGGCGUAAUUCUUGUUUGAAACACCUUGAUUUAGGGUGGUGCCCGAUGGUCACCCCGAAGGGACUAAAGUAUGCCCUGCCCAGGAUUGCAAGAAUCAAGACAUUAGAAUACUUAGGACUUUGCGCUAUUGGGGAAGGAAAAGCAUUGAAUGAUGAUAUUCUUAUAAAUCUAGGAGCCAGUUUAUCAUGCUGGAGAUCCAAACAAUUGCCAGUAUUGAACGUCAGCCGUUCUCGAUCCUUAUCACAAGACGGGGUGGACGAAUUCAGCCGAUCGUGUAGUCCUGUGGAGAUGUUAGACACAACAGAUUGCCCCGCGAUAAAAUCACAUUCAACCCAAGUAGGAAAAGAGCACGAAAACGAUCACGAUCAUCAGAUUUUUCAUGAAAAUAAUGAAGUUGUUGAGAUUUCCGGGGAGGCAUGCGGAAAAGGAAAGAGAAGAAAGGGAUAUGUCAGUGCUGUGCAAUUUGCCAACAGCAAAUUUACAUUAGAAACUCCAGUCUAA